AUGUCUCUUAAUGUACAGCGAUCGACGACUGUACGGCGAUCGGCAAAUGUCCAACGAUCAGGAACACGAAAGGGCCCUAAUCCAAAUCUUAACACAGCUGCACCGAAGAAACAGAAAGGCUAUGAGAUAGUGCAGCAAGGCAUCAAAGAGCUCUAUCCACUUGACAAAGCCAACGUUGUCCCCGAUCUCGACAUUGUGUUUGUUCCAGGAUUGGGCGCCAAUCCAGAAGAUAGUUGGAAGUCCAGUAAGACCGACUUUAACUGGACCACACACGCAGAUGGCCUACAAAGAGAUUUUCCACGAGCUCGACUGCUGCUCUAUAUGUACGACUCAGCAUGGACAGGUCAGCUAAAAGUGAAACAAUUUAUGGGCAAUAUUGCAAUGGGCCUAUUAGUUGGGCUGAGGAGCAAGAGAGAAAGUUGCCAACGGAGACCAAUCGUGUUUAUAGGACACAGCAUGGGCGGUCUAGUGGUUGCAAAAGCGAUCACACUUGCAGAUUCUCGUCGCGAUAUAUUCCCCAUCAUGUUCGAGGCAACGACGGCGUGCAUUUUCUUCGGCACUCCAUUUAGUGGCGCUCCUGUCGCGGCCGUGGCAGCAAUGUACGCCUACUUUGCGGAAAAGGUAGACGUGGCAUUCUCAUCAAAAUUGUUAGACCUCAUGAAGCCGGGCGACGAGGAACUGCGACAACUUACGCAUGACUUCAUGCGUUUGGUUGGGAAAAUCAACCCGAAAAUCGAGUUAUUCUGUUUCUGGGAAGAACAUCCAACCGACUUUUCUCAAAUGGCCGGCCUUCCAAGCCUCUUUGGUCUGACUAAGAAUUUGAUACCAAAGCAAUAUGCAGAAUUUGUCAACCGUGAUUCUGCCACACUUCCUGGGGUUGAAGAACUGGGCCUAGCAUGCAAUCAUCGCGAUUUGGUAAAGUUUGAUGGCCCGAAAGAUGAUCGGUGGACACAAAUGGUGCGAGAUCCGGUUAAAAAAAUUAUCCAUGGUGCUCAGUUAUCCGUUAGGAACCGUUUGAACUCGGUGAGAGACAUUGACCGCGCUAUGAUUAGUGGCAUUAUGGAUGCCCUAGACGGCGCUCAAGUACAAAAGAAGAGAAAAGCAUUAUCACAAUCUUUUACACCGUCGUCCUGGAUACCUCAAGAAGCCGAAUACCUAGAGUGGCUGCAAUACACAGGGGAUGCCGGAACAAAUCGGGUUCCUCAGGCUGUAGAUUGUUUGUAUGUGCGUGGCCGUGAGGGCCGGGGCAAAACAAACGCUACUAUGGCUGCUCUGCAAGGUAUUGAGAGGCUAAUGCGCGAAAACGAAGAGAAUGAUACUGGACAGGGCCCAAUUCUCCUCGUCUAUUUCUUCUGCGAUACGACGACUGACUAUUCUACGGCUGAGGAUGUUUUAAAGUCUGUAAUCAGGCAGCUCAUUAACCAACAAGAGACCCUCGCACCGUACGCGAAGAUAUUCACCAAGAAAAAGGGAAAAGAUGACGCAAAUCGGUCACAGCAAGCACAAAUAACAGUUGAAAACAUGUGGCAGUCAAUUCAAGAUAUGCUUGCUGAUGAGUUUAUCGGCAGUAAGGUCUAUUUUGUGCUCAAUAACCUUCAUGCCCUGCCAGCGGAGUCAGAUUCAACUAUUAAACUGAUGAAGUUUAUCGCUGGUGAACUGGAAGCUAUAGGUUCCACAGGCUCUAGACGUGUUCCAACACGAUGGUUUAUUACCAGUAGAGAGUCCCAUAAUAUUGACGACGCCUUUAAAGUCAACGGCGUCCGCGUGAUCGACCUAGAAGACAGCAGAUAUGAGAACCAAGUUCAAUUGGAGCUGCGCAAACACGCUAAGAAAAUGAUUUCGGCAAUUGGCGAACAAAAACAGUACAACAAAGCUCUUGCAUAUUUCGCCAGCAGUCUGGUAGGCAAGCGUGCACAGAAUACUCAGUGGAUUGAUAUCACAUGCAUCCAGCUAGGGGAGCUAUCUAACACUGAAAGUGACUUGAGAGUUCGAAAAAUUCUUGAGAAUAUGCCUCAAGAUUUGAAGACGCUGCUAGAUCAUUCCUGGAGGCAAAUCUUUGGGAUGAACGAGAGCCACGUUGAGAAAAUUAAGGAGAUGCUGCGUGCUCUUGUUUUGACUUAUGAAGAUCCGACCGAGUCAGAACUCGGCCUUCUUGCCGGGCUAACUUCAACGGAUCAGGAAAAAGGAGAGCUUCGUAAGUUGAUUGAGCAAUGCAAGCCGCUUCUAUAUCUCAAGCGAACGAGCAAACCCGACUCUGUUGUUUGUUUCGUCAACAUUAUUGUAAAGACGCACUUGUCAGAGAAUGCCAAGACAUUACUUGGAUUGUCUAAUGAGGAGGUCAAGUGGCAACACGGCGUGUUAGCUCUACGUUGCUUCUCUCACAUUAAAGAAACUUUAGAUUUCUCUAUGCCGGAACCGGUAUCCAAGGAAUCAGCACUGGAAGCUCCCAAUAAAGCCGAAGCAGAAAUCACGGAAGAACAAGAUGUUUCUGACCACGAAGACGCUCAAAUCAAAGACGUUAAUGCCACCGAGCAGGUUAACUAUGACGAAGAUGACGAUGACGAUGAUGAUGACGAUGACGACGACGACGACGCAUACUCAGGGAGCGAAGAAACGUAUGACGAAGAGGAAGAAGAGGACGAGGAAGAGGACGAUCCCGAAGUUGAAAUGGUCAAAGAUAAAGCCUUGGCUUAUACCGUGAAGCAUUGGUUACAUCACGCUAGCAACGCGACUCUGGAAAUUGCCGAGGAUCUGAGUUUUGAAGAUGACUUUUGGAAGCCAGAUUCUAUUAUUCGUCGUCGGUGGAUGAUCGAGUAUGCCCGCAUGACUACCACAUUUGAUAACUUCGAUUAUAAGACACUCAAUGGGCUGCAUGUUGCUGCGUCGAUUGGCUUCCGACAGCUAGUUGCAGCCCUUAUACGCAACGGUCACGAAGCCGAAAUAAAACAGCGUGACUCGCUGGUGAAUACCCCACUGCAUUUCGCUGCCUUUCUGGGCCGACCCAAUAUCGUAGAGGAACUGCUCAACCGUGGUGCAGUAAUAGAUGACGCUGCAGAGAUUCACGAGCAAACGCCGCUGCAUAUGGCUUCAUUUGGCGGACAUAUCCAAGUCAUGAAGAAGCUGCUCCUAAGAGGCGCCGAUCCGAACGCUGUUGCAAACGAUAUUGGGCCGGUUGUCAACGCUGCCAUUUCCUCAGGAAGCCGUGAAGCGGUUGAGCUGCUGGUAGAACACAAUGUGUCUUUGACUUUCAACUCGGACGACGAAAAUGUCCAAUGCCCUCUUGCAUUGGCGGCAUUGCUGGCCGACUACUCAAUGUUUGAGUACUUGAUUGAAAGCUACGCAGACAAACUUCCCCUCCAAGACUACAGCGCAGCACUUAUUGCUGCUGCAGCUGCCGGAAGAAUUGAAGUAUUUAACAAGUUACUCAAUUUCCGUCAUGAUAUAGCUGUAUUUCAGUCAGCUCUGGAUUGUGCUGUGGAAGAGUGGAACUGGGAUAUUGUGAAAGCUCUCUUAGACCAUUGUCAAGGCUUGGAUGUCAACGGUCUUUUUACAGAAGCCGCAACAUGCAGCGAACCACAAGACAAAAUGCUACAGUUGGCCUGGGACUAUGCACACGGUUCCAUAACACAGGAAACAUUAAGCAAUGCUCUCUACAAUGCGACUGAUAGAGAGAAAAUAACGACUGUGAGGCUUUUACUCCAGAGCUUUGGUGCAAAUCCGAAUGCUACAGGAGACGAAUACGGAACAGCUUUAACUGCAGCCGCAUUUGAUGGUAUUAUUGAGAUGGUGCAGUUGCUACUGGAUGCCGGUGCAGAUAUUAACGAUCAAAAUGGCUGGGCAUUGCAAACUGCCGCUGCUGAAGGACACUAUGAAAUUGUCCAAGAGCUCAUUAAUCGUGGAGCUGAGGUGAACGCGUGCACCCAAAACCCCAACUUUGCAGCAGGUACCGCACUUCAAGGGGCGUGCGAAUCGAGUAAAUCCGAUAUCGUAUCCUUACUGUUAGAGAAGGGUGCAAAUCCGAAUCUCGGGCUUGGGACAGACUCGCCUCCAAUUCUAGCGGCGUGCCAGCGUGGUGAAGCUCACAUAUUGGAGAUGCUGGUCAACGCUAAGGCAGACGUGAAUGUGUUUGGAGGCUACGAUACAUCAACACCGCUCAUAAAUGCUGCCGCAUAUCUUCCAAAGGAAUCCUUACAGGUGCUUCUCAAUGCAGGGGCAGAUAUCAACCUACCGGAUAAUGACGGGGACACUGCUCUGAUUGUAGCUGCUGCACGUGGUGAUGUAGAGGCUGUAACCUUCCUUCUUGAUAACGGGGCUGAUAUCAUGCAUUCUAGCAAGAGGGACAUGAAUGCACUUCAGACAGCCUUUGCAGCCACUCAACAAUCUGAAGAUGAAGAGCAAGACGGGUUUGUUGGGUCUUCCAACGAGCAAUGGGAGUGUUUGGGUGUGCUUGUUGACCGGGUUACUACUCUUCUUGGCGCUCUUAAGACGGCUGUGGAUUCGGGCAAUAUCGCCUUGGAGAGCGUCAUUCGGACUGCUAAUAUGAGCAAACAGGGCUUGGCCUAUGAGGAUAAUCCUCCAAAAGCCUCUGAGUUAAGUGUGGUGCCUGAUAUUGCAGUCCAUUCAAAUGGCGGAGAAGAUACUGCAAACAAUCAACAACCAGAUCAGACUACAAAUCCCGAACUAGUUGUAGUCGCUGAGCCUAAAGUGGUCGCGGAAACAGCCCCCGUGGACAUUGAAUCUUCAACAUAUCCAGAAGCUAGCGUUCCAACAGUCGCUGAGGUUGCACACGUCCAAAUUGCAUCUCAAACGCCGGCACCAGUAUCGCCACCUCAAUACAACGCUUCGUCUAUUCAACCGACGACUAGUUGGUCAACCAUUGAGCCCUCGGUAUCCAUCCCAAAGAGGGAAUCCAUUGUCAGCAUGCGUGAUAUUUCCACUGCACAAAUCGUGGUUCCAGCACCUCUGGAGGUCAUUAGAAGAAAACCUGCGCCGCAACAUAUUCAGAGGGUGGAUACUGGUGUUCAUUUCCAAGCCUCAGUGCCGCAGGCCACAGGGCUUCCUUACAAUAGUGUGCAGUCCCUCGCGACAACCACACCGCCACAACAAUUGCCACCGCAAAUACAUCCGCCGACAGAACAAUUCAAAGCAUAUCCAGGACAACCAGGGGCACCCCAAUACGGACAGUAUCACAACAUGGAAUUGUAUGACAAUUAUGACAAUAGGGAAGCUCGGAAUCAAGGAACGAAGCGGUAUUCCGCAUAUGAUGGCAGCAAUACUGCACGGUAUAGUGGAUACGGCUCUCCGACGGCACAGCCGCAAUCAGACAGAGCGCAACAAUCGUAUCAAGGACGUGAAUAUCCAAAUUAUUACAGCCAGCAGCAAGAGUAUUAUGGCAGCAACAGCGAUAUAUAUCCUCACAAUGCCGGAAAUACACAGGAAAAGCCACCCCUUACCGAUGACAAUCGUUUCUAUUAA